UUGCAAUUUGCGAGUUCUGCUGGCUGCUGCUACAGCCGAACACCAGCUGAACAACGAAUCGCGGCGGCGGCGGCACCUCUCUCUAAGGAACCCGGCGUCGCCUCUCGCUGCCUCCGGCGUCGAGCGACGCGAUGCCUCCGCUUCCCAGGCUCCUCCACCGCCACCUCGUCCUCCCGCUCGCCCGCCGCCACUCCCCGUGCCAUCCGUGGCCGCCCGCGGCCCACGCCUUUCUCAGCCGCGGGGUUGCCUCUUCCUCCUCCGCCGCCGCCGCCGCGGCGGGCCGGGAGAAGAGUUCCAGGAGGACCCUGGGGUACCUCCUCGGCGUCGCAGCCGCUAUGGUCGGCGCCUCCUACGCCGCCGUCCCGCUCUACCGCCGGUUCUGCCAGGCUACCGGAUACGGCGGCACCGUCCAGCGACGCGAGAGUGUAGAGGAGAAGAUCUCACGGCAUGCUCGAGAUGGAACCACGCCAUCAAGAGAGAUAAUUAUCCAAUUUAAUGCUGAUGUUGCUGAUGGAAUGCCUUGGAAGUUCAUCCCUACACAGAGAGAGGUGAAGGUUAAACCUGGUGAAAGUGCUCUUGCAUUUUAUACUGCUGAAAAUCGCAGUUCGGCUCCAAUUACUGGUGUGUCCACAUAUAAUGUUGCACCAAUGAAGGCUGCGAUUUACUUCAAUAAGAUACAAUGUUUCUGCUUUGAGGAGCAAACACUUCUUCCAGGGGAGCAGAUUGACAUGCCGGUAUUCUUCUACAUUGAUCCUGAGUUUGAGACAGACCCCAAAAUGGAUGGGGUGAACAAUAUUGUUCUUUCCUACACAUUCUUUAAGGUGAAAGAGUAGAAAUUUUGUUAAUUGAUCUGUAACAUUAUGCUUCAAAUUUCCUUCUCAUGUAACACCAAGAGUAAGAGGUCAAGUAGUUCAUGAGGUUUGUGGAAAUUUUUGCAAAUAAUCUGGAGAUUCUUCGAUCGCAAUCAAAGAAGAAAAAACAAAAUCUUGGUUCGAUCUUAAGAAACAUGGCAGAAUGUAGUGAUGGGAUCUAAGACUCAAGAAACAGGUACGUGUGCCAUGUGUGUCUGUACUAAACGAUUGAAGUGUUCUUUUUUAGAGGAAGUGUUUGUUCUCUUAACCGGACAAAUGAAGUGGUAACGCCUAACAAGGCAAUAUGUUAGCCAACUGCAAAAGGAAAACAAGGUCCAUUGGUAAAUUUCUC